GCACCAUUCAUAUACACAAACACAUGCAUAGUGUCACACACACACACACACAAUUACAUUAAAAAACAUACUCAAGGGGGGGCGUGUCUGACACCUGGCUGUUCGGAAGCAUGGUGUGAGAGCUCCGACUGAAACAGAGCUGACAUGCUGAGCUAAUAAGCUGUUUUCUUUUCUUUUUUUUAAACUGCCGUUAUACUGCCCGACCGGGUAGGUGGAUGAUCUGGAUGAUGUUCUGGGUGUAAACUCCCGGCGUUGCAUCAGUUUGGUCGGACUGGCCUGAAAAGUUGCUUCAUGGAGGAAGGAGGCAAGGAGCCGCAACGAGAGACGCGAGAUGAACAAGUCGCAAUUGCAAAAGCGAUGGCGCCAUCCAAACAGACAAAACUGAAAGACACGGCAAGGCAUGUCAGGAAAGAUCGACAAUGGCAGGCUCAAGAGGAUAAUGAAGCUGAAGCUGAUAAUAUUGCUGAAACCAAUGUUGGUGCACAGUGUGUGGUGAUGGAGGUGGAUCAUAUGCAAGUUAUACCCGAUGAAGGUCAGAUAACAAAAAUAUUCUUGAAGCAAAUGUUGCAAGACCUGAGAGCAACUAUAAAGGAAGAUUUCACUUUGAUUAUAUCUAAUUUACAUCGAGAGAUUGCAGAACUGGGGGACCGCAACGACAACUUAGAAGUAAAGGCAGAUGACUUAUGUUUGGCCCAUAUUGAAAUGGAUGAUAAACCCCAAAAAAUAGAGGAAGAAAAUACUAAAUUGUGGCACAAGAUUGCCGAUUUAGAAGAUCGUGCACGCAGGAAUAAUGCAAGAUUCAGAGGAAUACCUGAAUCUGUAUCGACGGACAAAUUUGUGGAUUAUAUUUUGAAUUCUAUGUGUUCCUUUGGUUCCCACAAUAGAUAGAAAAGCAUGGGUAUUAGACAGAGCUCAUCGACUGCCAAGACCUAUGAGAAUGACGGCAGACAUACCGC